CGUAGUGGGCUGUUACAUUCGUGAAUCCAGUGCAGUUAGCCUAGUGGCUAUACCCAGCCGAACCCUAACACAACUUGUAACGUAACUAACCUACAAUUGCUUGCUUGCAACGUGUAGCUAGCUAGAUUGCUAACUAUAUUUUAGUUGACUAGCUAAUUCCAGCCUCGAUGCGACCCUGUUUAGCGUGAAAGUUAAGUACAUUUUCCCGAGAUGAGCUGCAGUUGAGUGAAAUCUCAUUUAUUCAUAAUUAAUUUAACCGCCUUGCAUGUUAGCUACGAUUGUUUGUCCGUGCGUUGCAGUAGCUGUUUAGCUGGUUAGGUGGGUACUUACACGAUUUUGCAUGCAAGAAACUAUAUAAUUAGUCGCGCUAGUAUAAGUGCUUUCCCGUGUAUCACAUUGUACGGAAAGGCAUUUUAACCAGUAAAGAAAUACAAAUACAUGACUUGUGUUUUCUAAAUAUUAAAAAUCUCUUUUCCUGAAUACAAGUUUGUAAUUAUACUCAAGGUCAGCUAUAUAUGCCUGGGAUUAGAUGGCUUUUCAGUCCCACAGUUUGAUAUCUAAUUGGAGUCUAUUCAGACAGUCAGAGAUGAACCUCUGUUAGUCCUGCAAUCACAGCCAUUUCUGCACGUUCUCGCACCUGCGGGGAGUCACUCAUCUAAGGUCAGUGCUUCUGUGAAUUCAGCAAGUUGCCCUGUGGGAAGUCUGAUGUCAGAGGCUUUUGUCACAUUGCUUUCUUGUCUGAUGAGGUCACAGUCAGUCUUUUCCAGUGAGAUUCCAGUCACAAUGCUCAUGGAUUAUAAUCACAUUUAGAGUCAGUGACCCCCUGCUUUCUGUUAUUUUAACGCCCUUUUCUGCUCAUUUUAGCUUGUAGCAGCGUUUUAGUUUUAUUCACGCGUCCCAUGUCUAAGCUGAUCGCAGGCAGGACCUCCGGUGUGGGGAAGACCACUCUGGUGCGGAAAGCAUGUGAGGCACUGACCGGGUCUGGUGAGACCCUGGACGGGUUUUACACGGAGGAGGUACGGGAAGGUGGGAGGAGAGUCGGGUUCGAUGUGGUGACCCUGUCAGGGAAAAGGGGCCAUCUGUCAAGAGUCGGGGAAUCCUCGGGUCAUUCUUCUGGGAGGCGGGAGUACAGGGUGGGCCAGUAUGUCGUCGAUCUGCUAUCGUUUGAAAACCUGGCACUCCCUCUGUUCAGAAAUGUGGGCGUGGCAGUGGGCAGGGGAAAGAGGCCUGUGUUUGUGAUCGAUGAGAUUGGGAAGAUGGAGCUCUUCAGCCAGUCAUUUGUGCGAGCAGUGAGGCAGGCUCUGGAUGGCAACGGCUGCUCCAUUCUGGGGACCAUCCCCAUCCCAAAGGGCAAGCCUUUGGGACUUGUUGAGGAGGUUCGCAGUAGGAGAGAUGUGAAGGUGUUCACCGUUACCAAGGACAACAGAGACGUUAUUCUGCAGGACGUCGUUGCUGCAGUGCAAGAGUGCGUAAAAUAAGCACCUUAGCACAGGAGGAAUGAGCUUGGCGUGUGUGAACGCACGGCCAGAUAAUACCCCCUGUUUAAUGCCCCAGUGCCUCCUGUUUAACUCGCCCCUCCUGGUUAGCAGCAGGAGGAGCGUCGCUGCCACAGUGGAGGAGCGGGGUUAACGUGCCGGCUUUGUGAUGUCAGUCACGAGUUUGUAAUCUGCGCUUUCGCCGAGGGCCAGCCCCUGGAACAUUUAGGCUAAUUUGAGACUGCGCAGGGGGCUGCGUCUGGCGCAGCUCCACUGAGGAGCGCGGGGCGGGAGGUCAGCGCAGUGUUCCGUGCACAGAUUAGGACUCCGGGCUCAUGCGGUGUGAAAAGAAUCCGUGUUUAAAAGCCGCUAACAAUGCCGACAGGCCCUUGGCGGCUUGUCUUAUUGCACAAAUUAUUGUAAAUAAAUCUGCUUUGGGAACAUAAAUGACAGGUUAUAUUUUGCAGGGACACAUUAGUCGGUGAUGUGUUUUUCUGUGGUUUUUUUUUUUUUUUCCCCUGUCCUGAAAUAUUGCAACUACAGGUUUAUUCAGACUAUACUGUGGCAUAUAGCAGUGGUUGAAAAUAAAAUGUUGAAUCUGUUAA